CUUUAUUUCUCUAUUUCUACCUUUUCUUUAUCUUUCCUUUUCGCGGGAUUCUUUCUCAAGACAACUGACAAGUGGGAAUCGUUGGCUUCAAUGGCGGCCUCUCGCCUGAAUCUUCAACUGAUAUUUCUUCCCUCCAAUUCGGCUCGGAGAACUGUAACCGUCGCUGCCAUUAGUGAGUCUCAUUUCAAGGUUCAUUUUCCUUCAACAUCUCGUAGAAUUACUCGAUAUCGCGGCUUGGAAUUCCGGCGACAGGCAUUUAGUUCGCUAACCUGCGAAGAGACGAAAUAUGAAGAGAAUUUCUCGAAUAAUUCGCGGAAUCCAUUUGAAUUGCUGCUUUCGAUUCUUACCGGGGGCAGUUGGUGGAGACUGCCGGAUAACGAAGAAGGCGGCCCGGCGGCGAAUGAAGUUACCGUGUUGGCUGUGCUUCAGAGAAUGUGGGAGCUUCUAGGGAAGGAGCAAUGGAUUGUUGUCGUUGCCUUCGGAGCUUUAGUCACUGCUGCUGCAUCCGAGAUAACAAUGCCGAGUAUCUUGGCAUCUUCCAUCUUCUCUGCACAGCAUGGAGAUAAGACGGUCUUCUACAGUAAAUCACGGUUCUUGCUUGUUUUGUGCUUCACUUCAGGAAUAAGCAGUGGCUUGCGAAGUGGCCUUUUUGCAAUGGCAAAUGUUAUCCUGGUCAAACGCCUCAGACAAGCUCUAUAUUCAGCUCUAAUAUCCCAGUAGGACAUGCCAUUUUUCGAUAGAGAGAAAGUUGGUGGAUUGACAAGCAGGCUAGGGGCAGAUUGUCAACAGCUUUCUAAUGUCAUUGGGAAUAAUAUCCACUUGAUAGUUCGCAAUACAUUUCAGGGGGUAGGUGCAUUGAUCAAUUUGCUGAUUCUAGCUUGGCCUCUUGCAUUGUCAUCAAUUAUCACAUGUUUAGUUCUCGCCACUAUCUUUCUACUUUAUGGCCGGUACCAGAAGGAAGCUGCCAAGCUAACUCAAGAUCUCGCUUCCUCUGCCAGUAAGGCAGCAGACGAAACCCUGUCUUCAAUUCGAACUAUUCGAGUCUACGGAACAGAAUGCGAAGAACUAGGAAGGUACAGGCAUUGGCUGGAAAAGUUAGCUUCUCUAAGUCUAAGAGAAAGUGUGGCUUAUGGAUUCUGGAAUAUGAGUUUCAGCACCCUUUUCCGUGCAACACAGGUGUUUGCACUGAUGUUGGGAGGGAUGUCCAUUAUGGCUGGCCGUGUUUCAACUGAGCAACUAACCAAGUAUGUGUUGUAUUGCGAGUGGUUGAUAUAUGCAACUUGGAGGGUUGUAGAUAAUACAACCGCAUUGUUACGGGCGGUUGGAUCAAGUGAAAGAGUGUUCCAUUUGAUGCAACUGUCACAAAGUGACCAAUUGGAGUCCAAAGGUAAACUGAUCAACCAUUUGAAUACUUGUUUUGAGAUCCAUUCAUCCAAGAACUUGAUACAAAGUCUUGAACAGAUACCAAUUUUGGAAAAUUUCCACCUCUCGGUAAAAGCUAAUGAAGUCAUUGCAUUGGUUGGACCAAGUGGUAGCGGAAAAACCACUCUGGUCAAUCUCUUGCUUCGUCUCUAUGAACCAAGUAACGGUCAGAUCUACAUUGAUGAGUUUCCACUCACCGAACUGGACAUCAGAUGGCUUAGAGAAAACAUUGGAUAUGUUGGACAGGAGCCAAAGCUUUUCCACAUGGAUGUGAAGUCAAACAUCACAUAUGGUAGCUGCGGUCGGGAAAUCAAAGAAGAAGAAGUCGAACGGGCUGCUAAGCUUGCGUGUGCCCAUGACUUCAUUCUGUCUCUUCCAAAUGGUUAUGAGACCAUGGUGAAUGACAAUAGCCUGAGUGGGGGACAGAAGCAGCGCAUUGCCAUUGCCAGGGCUAUUAUCAGGAAGCCUUCCAUUCUCAUCCUGGAUGAAGCCACCAGUGCUUUAGACUCACAAACCGAAAAUUUCGUGAAAGGAAUCGUUGAUGCAUGUAAAAAUGACGGAGUUAUGUCGGAAACAACAGUAAUUGUGAUAGCACACAGGCUUUCUACAGUGGAAUCUGCAGACAGGAUUGUUGUGAUGGAUGGUGGUCGAAUCGUAGAGAUGGGUGGGCACAAGGAACUCCUGCUGAAGAAUGGCACAUACUCUCGCCUUGUGAAAUUACAGUCCUGCUUCAUCACUUGAUCGCUUCCAUCACUUCAUCACUAAUCCUAAUUUUUAACCAUUGGCCAAACCGAUCGAUACUCAAUCAAAGAUCAAUCCAUAUAAUUAGAGUCGAUAUCAGAGCUCGACUAGGUGGCUCAAUGGAGAAAACUGCAGGUUUAGGAAGCCCUUGUCACUGCUCCAAACAGCAAGCAAUCUUUGGACGAUGUUCCUAUGCUGUUGGUCUCGGUGCUUUUCUUUUGGCCAGGAAAUGUUUUUAUGUAUAACAUUUUCUAAUUCUCCUUC